GUAGUCCUCAUCAUCAUCCACCCCCACCCCCAAAGAUUGUUCCUCUUGCAGCAGCUACAAAACCAGCAAGAAGCAGCAGUGCUGUUAGUGUUGAUGGUGUCCCAAAAUUUGCCAAUGCCAAUGCCAAAAUCCUUUCUUUCCCAAUGCCAAUGCCAUAUUUCCAGCAGCCCUUUAAUCUUGCCCAGCAGCAUUCUAAGGGGUUUUGCUAUGAUUUGAAUUUCAAUUUGCAGCCGGAGUGGUACCCUUCUCCUUCCAUGAUCUUGCCGCCAUAUGGAUAUGGGGGAGCUGCAGCAGCUACUUCUGCUGCUUAUACUACUACUGCAGAAUAUCACCAUAAUUUUCAUCCUUCAAGUAGAUACUGCAGUAACUAUAAUUUUUUGAAGCAACAAGUGAUCAAGACGGGAUUCGUGGUAGCAGAAGAAGAGAAAUGGAUAAAACACUACAGCAAUCGCCACAAGAUGCUGCUUGUGGGUGAAGGAGACUUCUCCUUCUCUGCCAGUUUAGCUGUCGCCUUUGCCUCUGCUUCUAACAUGACUGCAACUUCUCUUGAUUCUGAGGACUUCUUGACUUUCCAUUACUGCAAAGCUUUUCUCCACCUUAAAGAGCUGAAAAAAAGAGGGUGUAAGGUGAUUCACGGUGUUGAUGCUACCUCCAUGGCAUACCAUCCCAGCUUGAUGGGCUCCAUGUUUGAUAGGAUUAUCUUCAACUUUCCAUAUGCUGGAUUUUACAAUGAUUCAUCCCGCGAAUCUAAGAUUGGUUGUCAUCAAUCCAUGAUAUGGAUGUUCCUGGAGAAUGCCAAGCAGAUGAUCGGUGAAAAUGGCGAAAUCCACAUCACCCACAAGACCAAUGGAUUCCACCAGCAAUGGAAUAUAGUUUCUCUUGCGACUCAGCAGGGGCUUGAGCUUGUAGGCAGUGUUAAGUUUAACGUUAGUGAUUAUCCAGGUUAUAGUAACAAGUAUGGGUUUGGGGGUGACAAUACUUUCGACUGCUCUCCUAGUAAAACUUACAUGUUCCGACAUCCUCGUACUACAUCCAUGUACUUGUGGCCUUCUUUGGGUUUUUAGGUUGCUCAUCAUAAUCUCAUGUUCUUGCAGCCAUCUUGUAAACUGUACUGUGUUUUUCUUGGUUGUCUGUGUUCAGGAAACUAUUAUUGUGCUA